AUGCUGGGUAAUCAACAGAUUGCUUACGAACAGUUCACAUCAAAGGCUCUUGAUACCAACGAGUAUAUUGCUCCGGAUGUGAUAUUACCAGCUCAACAACUGCCUCGUGCUAAUCCCGCAACUAUGCCAAGUACACAAAGCAAUUAUCAUCAACAAAUGAUGGACGUACAAUCAGCAUUGCAGAACCAGCAAUUAUUGAAUGAUGAAAACAUAGCACUUUUGAAUUCAGAGCGAGCAGUUGUUCCACCGCAACAGCAACAGCCUCAGCCUCAGCAGCAGCAACAGCAUCAGCAGGUGUCCCAAAACCUGGGCUCAAUACAAGCUGAGGUCCAGGCUCAAAAUCAGAAUCAGAAUCAGGCUAACGGUCUAGAGCAAUUUACUGGUGCUGCGCUGUCCCUAUCACAACCAUCACAACAACAAACACUGACGCUGACGCUGGCUCUGGCAAAAUCUAACCAGUUCACUUUCAAUAAAAACCUUCAUUACCCGCCAGAUGUACCCUUUGGUCUCAACUCGUAUCCUAUUACAAAUCCACCCAUUUUUGACUCGACUUACAUGUUGCCAUACACCAAUGAUGGUAUUCCAAGAAGAAGACGUGUAUCUAUUUCAAAUGGUCAAAUUGGUCAGAUUAUGAACCACGAGGCGUUUUUCGAUGAUUUUGAUAGCUCUUUAGAUGAUGGUUUUAGUCGAUUUAAUGAUUAUGAAAUGACAAGACCUGGGACUUCCACGGGCUUGGUGGAUAACGCCACAAUUAUGCAACAGCAGCAACAACAGCAGCAGCAGCAGCAACAACAACAGCAGCAACAACAGCAACAACAACGGGCGCAAGCGCAGGCGCAAGCUCAAAUACAGAACCUGCAGUUGCAGCAACAAACCUCGAAUGAACUUUCCAAUCAGGUGCAAGUAAAAAUGGAGUUGCCGCAACAUUCGCCUCGUCAAUACUCUAACCAGUCUAUUGCAAAAGACCAACAGAAUCAAUCACCACAAGGUCAAGAUCAAUCUUUGGAUCAAACCCAAAGACAGGUCGAGAGUCAACUUCCAUCUCAACUGCUGGUCCGUCAGGUACCAACCCCUCCUUCGAGUGUUACAGUUGCUGGUGUCCCACCGCCAAACCAUCAACUUAUUUAUAACGACGAAGUCAUUUACAAUCCAAACAACGGCCCCAUCACCGGAACAGCAGCAUGGAAGAAGGAAAGACUUUUGGAACGUAAUAGAAUUGCUGCCUCUAAAUGUCGACAACGUAAGAAAAAUGCACAAUUGCAACUCCAAGAAAGUGUUAAUCGAAUGGAGAGAGAUUUAGCAGUAAAGAAUCAAAAAAUUCAAGAAUUGGAAAAUGUUGUGCAGAGAUACAAGAUGAAUGUGAGGCAAUAUUUGGAGGAAGGUAAGGUGAAUGAGGAGUUGUUAUUAAAUUUGAUAAAUCUUUGA